UUCGACACAACUCAACUCAGGAGCAUGUAAACAAAACCACGUGUCCAGGCAGGAGCUUUGCGUAUUGAUCAUAACAAUCGAUGCAUGAAUGUGUUGACUGGUCUGGUUAACCCAGCUGGUUGGAGUGGCAGGAGGAAGUCGCAUAGAGAACUUCACAUCUCAGGGUAAAAAUGUCAAAAAGUGAUGAUGAAAUGCCACCUUUGGAAGAUGACCUGACACCUGUCCAUCAGCUCACAUCUGCAUCCGCCCAAGUCAGAUGUGCUGCUCACUCCACACCUCCAGCCACCAACAUAUCUGCCAUCCACAUUGACUCAGAGUCCUCAGAUGAAGAUGAGUGGCUUGAGAUGGAGGAGGAAGGAGAGGAGGAGAAAGGCUGUGCAACUUGCCUGUUCUGUGAGGCAAUGGAGAAAAACAGCACAGCUCUUCUGGCACACAUGCUUGACUCACAUGGCUUUGACUUAGUGCAGUUUGUGUGCAAUGCCGGACUGGACCAGGUUGCCUACAUCAAGUUGGUCAAUUAUGUGAGGGCCACCAAGCCUUCCCCUGAGGAACUGGUGGUUCUUAAGGACACUCCCUGGGAUGAAGCAACACAUCUGACACCUGUAUUGAAAGAUGAUCUCCUCCUUAUGUUUGAUGUGGAGGGACUUCCAGGGAGACAAAAUGAGGUGGAGGAGGACAUGGGGAGGAGCUGUGAGGGUGCAAGCAGAGAGGAACUAACACGCAUUGUGUUAAGACAGAGGGAGGUGCUGCAGCGACUUCUUCAGGCAGCAGCUUGUCUUGCUGAUGGGAAGAAGCAGGAAGGUUGGCAGCGGACUGUAGCAGACAGGAGGCCAGAGGAAGAUGAAGGUUACUUCAACUCCUAUGCCCAUUUUGACAUUCACCAUGAGAUGCUCUCAGAUCGAGUGAGAACUGAGGCUUAUCGUGAUGCUAUUCUUGGAAACACUGAGCUGCUGAAGGGGAAGAGAGUGCUAGACUUGGGCUGUGGUACUGGUAUCCUGUCCCUCUUCAGUGCCAAGGCAGGAGCCACAGUGACAGCAGUGGACAUGUCAGACGUCAUAUACCAAGCCAUGGAAAUUGCAAGGGAAAAUAAAAUGGACAAGGCCAUAACAUUCAGCAAGGGAAGACUGGAGGACCUGGAGCUCCCCACCAAAUACCACUGCAUUGUGUCUGAGUGGAUGGGAUAUUUCCUGUUGUUUGAAGGCAUGUUGGACUCCGUACUUUAUGCUCGGGAUCACCACCUCAUGCCUGGGGGUAUUCUAAUGCCCAACCGCUGUUCCCUCCACCUGCUGGGCAUUGAAGAUCUGGAAUCACACAAGAAGCUGAUAACCUUUUGGGAUGAUGUGUAUGGAUUCAGAAUGAGCUGCUUGAGGCGAGAAGUAGUAAAGGAAGCAUCAACUGAUGUAGUUAAAGGAGCCUGUGUUCUAACCAGUGCAGCCCAAAUUGCUGAGUUCAACCUCAUGACUGCCCAGCCGAGUGAUACAGAAUUCUCCUGCCCAUUCUCUCUCACUGCCAAGAGGGAUGGGCAGAUGACCGGAUUUGCUGGGUACUUUGAUGCUCACUUUGACUUGCCGUGCCCUGUGACUCUCCCCACAGGACCAAAUUCUACUCCAACACACUGGAAACAGACCAUCUUCUACUUGCCACAUCCUCAGUCUGUUACUAAAGGUGAGCUGCUGGCAGGUCAUAUCAGUGUGAGACGAAAGAGGCGUGAGGUGCGGAGUUUAGAAGUGACAAUCACCUGGGGCGACCAGACCUUCAAGUACCUGGUGGAGUGAGCCAAAUAAGUGCCAGCAUUGUAUGUUAACAGCAGCUGGUAGGCACAUACUGUGUGCCAGCGCCAUAUAUUCACAGUGGCAAUUUAAGAAAAUCACUGUGGGCAUAUUUUGACUGGGAGGUUUUUCAUACUUACUCACACACCU